AUGAAACUACUCAACUGUACUAGCCUUGAAAUCGAAGAGUACUAUGGAUCAUCAAUUCCCGAAAAGUACGCGAUUUUGUCCCAUACUUGGGAAUCCGGCGAGGCUAGCUUUCAAGACGUCGGCAAUACCGAGGCUAUGGCCAGCAAGCCAGGCUGGGCAAAAAUCAACCAGACAUGCCGUCUAGCUCUCGAACAGGGCUACUCGUACGCUUGGGUUGACACUUGUUGUAUCGACAAAACGAACUUCACAGAGCUGGUUGAAGCGAUCAAUUCCAUGUUCAAAUGGUACGCAAGGUCAACAAUAUGUUACGCCUACCUAGCAGACGUCGGAGGCGCUAGAACAACACGCCUUCAGGACUCGCGCUGGUUCACACGCGGGUGGACCUUACAAGAACUCAUUGCCCCGUCUUCAGUCGAGUUCUACGACGUGGAUUGGAAGUUUCUAGGCACAAGAGCUGAUCUUAGCGACGAACUUCAAGAAAUAACCGGAAUCGAUAAGGAAUUUCUGACCAAUGUGACUGAGUCUGUCGAGGAUAUGCUUCCUGACAUUCCCAUCGCGCGUCGUAUGUCCUGGGCAGCCGACCGAAUUACCACUAGGGAGGAAGAUCUUGCGUACUGUCUUCUGGGCGUCUUCGGAGUGAAUAUGCCGCUUCUUUAUGGCGAGGGUUCAAGGGCUUUCAUUCGACUGCAAGAAGAAAUCAUCAAAGAGACCCACGAUACGUCGAUAUUUGCCUGGAGCCACAGCAAGACUGCCGGUCUUAGCCAGAUACCGCAAGUUUACUUUGGUAUUCUAGCAACCUCACCUAAUAUGUUUGCUUUUGCCAAGACACUCGAAAAAGCACCAGAGAAGACUUCAGUUGAGAAUAACACGAGGCAAAAUGAGCCUCUAGGGUGGACCGGACCGCAUGGAUGCGCGGGCAACUACUGCUUAUACGCUAGCCGGGGCUCUGCGGCCGGACGAGGGGUGGUCAUCAUCUCGACGCCAGAAAAUGUGCAAAAGUUGAAGGAUGCGGAGGCAAAAUUCCAGAUCGCGGAUGAUCCGAGUGCCUCAAAACCAUCUUUUCGCGUCACCGAGGUUGAGGGUAAGGGGCUGGGCAUGAUCGCCAACAAGUCCCUCGCCCGAGGGGACACAGUCAUGCUGAAAACGCCAGUCCUCAUCGCCCAUCGUGCGUUCAUCGAACGGACAUCGCCGGUAGAACAGCACCGUCUCCUCGACUCCGUAGCGCAGCUUCUUCCGGCAUCAACACGAGAGACGUUCCUCGGCCAGAUGGGCCACUUUGGCGGCCACAAAGUCGUCGACAUCAUGCAGACCAACUCGUUCCAGAUGGACCUCGGCGGGGGAGCUCAGGGCGACGGCCACCAUUACGGCAACUACCCCGAAGUGUCACGGUACAACCACGACUGCCGGCCCAACGUCGCCUUCCACAUCGGCGCCGACGGACGUCACCGGACCACGGUCGUGCGGCCGGUGAAGUCGGGCGAGGAGCUCACGAUAUCGUACCUCGACCAGCUGGGCGUGCGGUCCGAGAGACAACACCGCGCGAAGCUGGCGUGGGGAUUCGAGUGCGGGUGCUCGCAGUGCAGUCUGGCGAAGAAGCAGGCGGCGGCGUCUGAUCAGCGGUUGAUGGAUAUCCAGGAAAUUGAUAGGACGCUUUCGGAUAUCAACGCCAGGGUGACGACCGCGCUCAUUGAGAAGUUUCUGAAGCUACACAAGGAGGAGAGGCUAGAGUCGAAGCUCGCGGGCGCCUAUACCAUCGCAGCGCUCAAUUUCAACCUGCUCGGGCAUGCGAAGCAGUCCGUCAAGUAUGCAAAGUUGGCGGUGGAGGCCGGGUUAAUGGAGAAUGGGCCAGGGACGGCAGAUGUUGAGGCGAUGCAAAAGCUAGCAGCUGAUCCCAAAGGGCACUUUACAUGGAGGGGAAGGGUAAAAUAA